AGCUAAGGGGAUUAGAACUAAAAUCAUGGUGAACUACUACGUGAAAAUUUUUAACGUUUUAGAGUUUGCGUGAUUACUUUAGUUAAACUGGUCAAAUCUAUAUAGAUUUCAACAUUUCUGCCAAAUUUGCUCGUGCAUUUUUUACUUUAAUGGUGUUCAAAACACACCUGAAACGAACAAAAUUAACAAAUCUGUUGGUCAUCUAAAAUAAUACACAAGGAAAAUUGAAAUAAAUCACUAGGAUUAAGGGACGUGGUUGGGGUGUAGGGUUGAAUGGCUCUUGUGUUAAAUUCGUUAAAAACAAAGGCAUUGUUCGAAGAGUUCUCUAUAAGUCGAAGAAGUGGGCGCGAAGGCAGCGACGGACGCAGGGACUUUAAAACGAACCACGUCAAUUGCAAAAGAGGGUUGGAAUUUAAGAAGCCGUUCCAGCUUCGUCCAUCCAACGGAAACGAUGUCAACAACUUCUCCGAAUUCUGGAAAUAGUAGUAGUAGCAACAACUCUACAAAACCAACAAAACAAAACCAACUUAACGGUGAGGAUUCUUACAGUGACAGUAGUAGUAUUGAAGAGAACCUUGAAGCCGAGGAGCGACGUCGAAGAAUUUUAAAAAACAGAAAUAGGAGCAGUUGUUAUUUGCAGCGCAACAUCGGAGGUAAAUCACAGCCGCCUCAUCACCUUACACAGCAUAGGGCCAAUAUGAGUGCAGCUAAUGGUGCUAUACCGAAACACGACAAAUCAAACACGGCAGGCUCUAAUGUAUCUAAUAAUAAUGCAAACCAAAAUGUUGGAGGAGGUAUUGUGAUGCGCCCGGGAGAUCGCAUUGCACUAUUGGUGGACAAUGUGCGCUUUGUUAUUGAGCAGGCAUUAGUUACAGCGCAACCGAACACCAUGCUGGGUACAAUGUUUAGUUCAGGCUUUCAAUUUGUUCAUCCCAAUGAGCGUGGUGAAUACGAAGUAGCUGAAGGAAUUUCUCAUACAGUUUUCCGCGCAAUACUAGAGUAUUAUAAAACCGGCAUAAUUCGCUGCCCUCCAACGGUAUCUGUUCCCGAACUUAAGGAAGCGUGUGAUUAUCUCCUUAUACCAUUCGAUGCGACUACGGUUCGGUGCCAGAAUUUACGAGGUUUACUACAUGAACUCAGCAACGAAGGUGCUCGACAGCAAUUUGAAGUUUUCCUUGAGGAUCUUAUACUGCCCCUAAUGGUUGCAUCAGCACAACGCGGUGAUCGUGAGUGUCACGUUGUAGUUUUAUUGGACGAUGAUGUUGUAGACUGGGAUGAAGAAUUUCCUCCUCAAAUGGGUGAAGAAUACUGCCAAACUGUUCAUAGUACCGCUAUGCAUCGAUUUUUUAAAUACAUCGAGAAUCGUGACGUAGCUAAACAAGUGAUGAAAGAUCGCGGCUUAAAGAAAAUACGUUGUGGCAUUGAAGGUUACCCAACGCACAAAGAAAAGAUACGUCGAAGGCCUGGUGGCCGCGCUGAAGUAAUUUACAGUUACGUGCAACGACCGUUUAUACACAUGUCUUGGGAGAAAGAAGAAGCGAAAAGCCGUCACGUUGAUUUUCAAUGCGUCAAAUCCAAGUCAGUGACAAAUUUGGCUGAAGCUAAUGCAGAUCCGCCCUUGGAACUAGACGCAAGUGGUAAUCCAAUACGACCUCCUGAAGUAAAUAUAAAUGCUGAGGUGCGUGCACCGUUUGUGGCUGAUGCUGAAGGGGUGGGUGGUGGUGAAGCAAUUGGAGCACCUGUUGCAGUUGCAGUUGAUGAAGCUGCUGGUGGUGUUAUCAUGCUGAACGAUCUUGAACAAGCCUCUGGUGGUGGCGUUGAAGAAUCAAUUUGAAUGCACAGGUCCUAACACAAAAAACUUAGCAUUUGUGAGAAUACAUUUAAAUUUGUAGGCGUUUGUACUAUUUUUCCUCCUCCAUACAACUAAACACAAUUAUGAUAUUAAUAUACGUUUUCUAUUUACAUAAAA